UUCAGUUGAUAAAGUUCACCCAGUCGAAAUUUGACUCUCUGCCCCUAUCCGUAUGGGCUCUUAGUUGACAAUUACUGGGGAGAAGAAACCCUUGAGCUUCCCAAGAUCAUCCGCCCCUCACCAAAUGGGCUGCAGUUGACCCGUAAAGCCCGAACAUCACUGCCACCUUAAUCCAAGCCUUCACAAUGUCUGUCUGAGCACUCGCUCGUAGAAGUCUCUAUAGUUCUUCGAGUACACUACAUCGAUAUGCCGUCGAAGAUGAAAGCGAAUGCGAAGCCGUUUCCCUUCUUCUCUCUUCCAUCCGAACUGCGCAUACGCAUCUACGAGCUCGUCCUUUCCGUGCCUUCGCCUAUCGACCUCACACCUACAAAUUACCGCGAGAUUGCACCGUUGCUGGGCGUCUUUCUUGUGAGUCGCCGCAUGCACGCGGAGGCGUAUCAUGUGUUUUAUGGCUGCAACACCUUUCGCCUGUUCCCCGUGAAUGGCCGAUUCUUUCAUACCAAGAAGCCUCUCACAGUGCGGCUGGCGCCCAAAUAUCGUGCUGCGUUAACAUCGCUCGAUGUGCGUCUUGGGCCAGGCUUUACAAAACCGCCACGUUCGUGGGUCGUGAGUGCGCAACUAGGAUUGAAUGACAUGGUGAAUGUAAGAUUGUUGAAGGUCUUUGUGGAGGUCGAUCCGGCGAGCUCGGAUAUCUUUGAAGGGUUCCGCGUGAGCAAGGUUUUCUACACACAAUUCUCAAGGGACCUGAUCAAGGGUGUAUUUGAGCAGGUCAAAUCGAUAGAGGAUGUCGAGUUUGAUGCGUUUGAGUCAGUUGCGCCAGACUGCCCAUUGAUGCAGGCACUACUAGAGGAGUGUCAAGCGGCGGGCAAAAAGGUUCUGUGGGGAUCCCAGAGGGGAUGGUUCACGACGGAGAGUGAUCCGAUACUACAGCUCGAUCAGAGUAUGUCGCUGCUCCACCUCGGAAAUGAAAGUGUCGUUGUACACUGACAAAGCGUACGGUAGUCAUUCCUUACUUGCGACAACAUCCUGUCUCCAGACCAGACGACGAUGUGUAUGUAGUAUACACAACGAGAUUAGGCCAACUGUUGAGAGUACAAAGAGUCGAGAGGAGGGAACUUCGUGGGCUUGGUAUUCAGCCUGUUACUAUUCCAUCGUGGAUGUACAUUCCAUCCGUCUUAGGUCUCGCUCUGCUCCACUUCAUUGAUCGUAGCAUUGCAACGAUUUAUGCUGGUAUUGUAGGCCUAUGUUUUCUGUACGAUCAUAUACAUUAUCAUUUGUGAAGCUGAAUAGAUAAUCGACUACGAAUUUUCUACUG